AUGCGGUUAACAAUCGUCUCGGCGCUCCUCGCUGCUAGCUUUACACUUUCAGCUGCGAAUUCUUGGGGGCCCUGGGGAUCACCGCCGACCGGUCCAUCCAACAAUGGCAAGACUUGCACAGUUCGGGCUCUAGGCAACAGAAAGGACGACACCCGGCAAAUCCUAGACGCGUUUAAAGAUUGCAACAAUGGUGGAACUGUCGUUUUUCCCGAAGGCCAGAAUUACUGGAUUGCUACGAAGUUGAACCCCGUUAUCUCCGAUGUCACGGUCGAGUGGAAAGAAGUAAUGCAGCUUUCAGACGAUCUCAGCUACUGGCGAAACAACUCCUAUCCCAUUGCCUUCCAAAAUCACCACGCUGGGUUCAUUAUCACUGGAGAGAGGAUACAUAUCAAUGGCUACGGCACUGGUGGAAUUUAUGGGAACGGGAAUGCGUGGUAUAAUGCCGAAGAAGCAAAUACACAGCCGGGGAGGCCGAUGCCUUUUGUCUUUUGGAACGUGAGCGAUGUGUUCGUCGAGCACUUUUAUGUGAAGGACCCUCCGCUUUGGUCUUUGAAUAUUAUGAACGGAAAGAACAUGUGGUUCGACGAUAUCCUCUGCAACGCAACAGCAGUCAACGCUCCAUUUGGCACAAACUGGGUGCAGAACACAGACGGCUUCGACACCAUGGACGCCUACAACGUCAUGCUGACGAAUAUGGUCUACCAAGGCGGCGAUGAUUGCAUAGCCAUCAAGCCAAGGUCCUACAACAUCUUCGUCCAGAAUAUUACCUGCCAUGGCGGAAACGGCAUCGCAAUCGGGAGUCUUGGUCAAUAUCUCGAAGACAGUUCUGUCGUCAACGUUCUGGUAAAGGAUGCCCAGAUCCUCACUCACAAUAACGAUAUGCAUAACUCGGCGUACAUAAAGACCUGGGUUGGGGCUCUGGUCCCUCAGUCUGGGUACGAGAGUGCCGGCCUGCCUCGUGGCGGUGGUUGGGGCGUGGUGCAAAAUAUCCGCUUCGAGAACUUCCACCUCGUGGGCCCCGCCAUCGGACCAGAUAUCACCCAAGACUCGGGCAACAACGGCUCCUUUUCCGGCACCUCAAAGAUGGAGAUUUCAAACAUCGCCUACGUGAACUUCACAGGCUACCUGGCUGGCGCGAAGGGUAAUCGUACCGCGGCGAUCAGUUGCAGUAAAGUAAAUCCGUGCUAUAAUAUUGCGUUGAAGGGGAUCGAGUUGGCGCCGAGUGUUAAUGCGAGUGCUCAGACGCAGGCGGUGGGGACUUGUGCUUAUGUUGCGAGUGGUGGGGUUAGUGGGUUGAGUGGGAGUGGGUGCUAGAAGGCGACUUGCGAGGGGAACGGCUGUGGAAUGAAUUGGAUAUAAAGUAAUGUUUACCCAGGAUCUACAAGUGUAGCUUAAAACCUACAUGGUAUCGGUGGUACAAUGACCAAAGCUGAGAAGG